AUGUCGCAAACAUUCACAAUCCACUAUUUUGCAACAGCAGCGCAGUAUACUUCGAAAAAUACUGAAUCUCUACCCGCCCCACUGAAACUGUCUUCCCUCUAUGGUGAACUCGAAAAGCGGUACCCUGGGAUCAUCGAGAAGGUCCUCUCAAGUUGCGGUGUUAGUUUGGAUGGAGAGUACGUUGAUAUUGAGGAGGAUGUGGAUGUUUUGAUACAGGCUGGUGGGGAAGUGGCUGUUAUUCCACCUGUGAGCUCGGGGUGA